AUGCCUCGUGUCAAAGCAGCUCAGACUGGGAGACAGGGCCCUGCAAAGAGACAUCUUGCAGAACAAUUUGCUGUUGGGGAGAUACUAACUGACAUGGCAAAGAAGGAGUGGAAAGUAGGACUGCCCAUCGGCCAAGGUGGCUUUGGCCGUCUCUAUCUUGCUGAUAUGAAUUCUUCAAAGUCGGUUGGCAACGAUGCACCCUGUGUUGUAAAAGUGGAACCCAGUGACAAUGGACCUCUUUUUACUGAAUUAAAGUUCUACCAGCGAGCUGCUAAGCCAGAGCAAAUUCAAAAAUGGAUGCGUGCCCAUAAACUGAAGUACCUGGGUGUUCCUAAGUAUUGGGGGUCUGGUCUCCACGAUAAGAAUGGAAAAAGUUACAGGUUUAUGAUAAUGGAUCGCUUUGGGAGUGACCUUCAGAAAAUAUAUGAAGCAAACACCAAAAGGUUUUCUCGGAAAACUGUCUUGCAGCUGAGUUUAAGAAUUCUGGAUAUCCUGGAGUAUAUUCACGAGCACGAGUAUGUGCAUGGAGACAUCAAGGCCUCAAAUCUUCUUCUGAGCCACGAGAAUCCCGACCAGGUGUACUUGGUCGAUUAUGGACUUGCUUAUCGGUACUGCCCAGAAGGCGUUCAUAAAGAGUACAAAGAAGACCCCAAAAGGUGUCACGAUGGCACUAUUGAAUUCACCAGCAUUGACGCGCACAAUGGCGUGGCCCCAUCAAGACGUGGUGAUCUGGAAAUCCUUGGUUAUUGCAUGAUCCAGUGGCUUACGGGCCAUCUUCCUUGGGAGGAUAAUUUGAAAGAUCCUAAUUAUGUCAGAGAUUCGAAAAUUAGAUACAGAGAAAAUAUUGCAGGUUUGAUGGACAAAUGUUUUCCCGAGAAAAACAAACCAGGUGAAAUUGCGAAAUACAUGGAAACAGUGAAACUACUAGACUAUACUGAAAAACCUCUUUAUCAGAAUUUGCGAGAUAUUCUUUUGCAAGGACUAAAAGCCAUAGGAAGUAAGGAUGAUGGCAAACUGGACCUCAGUGUUGUGGAGAAUGGAGCUUUGAAAGCAAAAACAAUGACUAAGCGAAAGAAAGAAAUGGAAGAAAGCGCAGAAUCUAGUGUUGAAGAUAUGGAAUGCUCAAAUGCUCAGACAGAGACCACUCAAACCCGAAGUGAGGCGUCCCCAGGAGCAAUUCAAGGAGGCAUAUCUCAGCCAGAGGCUGGCGGCAGCAGCUGUGACAGUUCAAGAACCAGAAGGAGAGUCCAGAAGUAAUUCAAAAGCUGUGAACCAUCCUUUUCAUUUGACCUUUUUCUCCUUUUCUAUUUGAAGUGUUUUAUUUUCAUGUGAGUCUUGUGGGGUAGGAAUAAUAAUUAGAUGCCUAUGUCUUUGAAAAACAUACACCUUUUUUAUUAAAAUAAAUAUUUUGUACAAUUGAUUAAAGGCUAAUAUAUGCAGUUCCAAAAUCUUCAGGUUAUACUCUUUAAGCUCUUCCAAGCUGUGUGUGUUUUGAGGUUUGGGGGUACAUUUAAGAAAAAUUACUAUGACAUGCACUUUUCUAAUCAUUGUACAUUUUGCAAAGUAGAGAAAAAUGUGUGACAGAGUCCUCACUUUUAAGGAAAUGCGAAACUUAAAAUAAAAGUCUGUCUCUUUUGUUUGAUACAAAUACACAGUUUGUUUUGGCCAUAAGACUUGGUUUGUAUUGCUUUUGUUCUGGUCCACAAGCAUUUAUUAAGCACCUGCUGUAUGAAGCAGGAAGUGCAAGAAGGGAAAAUAAUAUGAAAGAAAAAGUGGAGUGAGUAUAUCUAUGGGAGAGAAAAUGUACAUGUUUGAAAGUUAGAUUACGUAAGAAUAACGUAAGUAUGCAAACUGACAAGAAAACAGGUUAUCAGUUAUCAAGCAGCAGUGAUCAAAGAGUGUAUAUAGACUGGCUUCCUCUAAGAAGUCUUGGGAACUAGUUAUAUAAAUAGCCUAGAGUUCAUUCGCAGGAGAUUAUUUUUCUCACAAGUUUUAUUUUUAUAGCUUGUAUUAUCUGUACAGUAAAUCAUGUACUUUAGAGUUUUAGUGAUAAGAAAUUUUCAGAUACAGAGUUGUUUUAGUUGCCUUGGGAACAAAUGCUUGGAAUUUUAACAUAUGCAUGAACAAUUUCAAGAUACAUUCCUCAAAAUUUAUUAGGAAAAUUGGGGUUGGUCUACAUUUUCUAGUGGGUGUACACUUUACCACUUACUCAUGUACAGCGUUUUUAGGUGGUAUAUAGACACAGUUGCAUUUAAAUAUUUAAUUAUUUGAAUAUAUAUUCAGAAUACAGCUAGUAUAUUAAACUAUUCUUUACUGCUGAGGACAGGUGUAAAGUGGAUAUUUCCCUUUUUAUGUAGCAAAUUGAUUGGAAGAAAAUAAGUACAUAAAUGUACAGGUGGGAUAUGGACGUACCAAUUGGCAAGGUUGUACCAAGUUUGAGAAACUCUAAACCAAUACAAAGCCUGUAGCUCUUUGCUCUCUGAUGUGGAUAUUUAGUUGUUAUGUAAAGCAUUCGUCCCUCUAAUGGCCAGAUAUUGAAAAAAUGUGAAAGCGGUCUGCAGACUUUCUUUGGAAGGCUACUCUCUGAAUGCCUCCAGAAGUUAUAGAGCUGCAUGUCUUUACAGAAGAAGAAUUUGAUUUUGAGGAGAUUCCUCCUGCUUCCUACAAAACGUUGGGUUUUGGUGCAUCGGUGCAAAUGGUCCCAAGAUUAUUUGUAAUACCUAAUUCAGCUCUCAAGCUCUGUUUUAAACACAUUGAUGCUUAAAAUAGGAGAAAGUAUGUGUGAUGUAUUUCUGUGUAUAUGCCUUGGCGUUUUUUAUUUUUCAAAAUACAAAAAGCACAGCAUGUUGGUUAAAUAUUAAGGAAAUGAAUGUUUCUUCUCAUAUUGUUUUAAGCAAGUGCUGGCAUUUUCUCGACUGUCCCUGUAUGGGCAGGGCUACAGAAACGAGUGAAAAACUACAAUAGCCAGUUUGAGUCAUUACCUUUGUCCCUUGUUAUGGUUCAGCAUCUCCUUGUCACCCAGUUGCGCUUUUUUUCCGUGUCCUUUUCAAUUCUAUAUUUAGUAUUUGUAUCUCUCAUGGGGUCUAACUUUCUUUCUCACCCUGAGUGGCGUGAUUUUCCCGUGAUUUAUCCUCCCCUCACACUCGGGUGUGCUCUUCAGCAUGGAUACUUAGCUCACCUGGUCCUGUGGUCUCUGCUUUUCUCCUCGGAUCCUCUGUGAGCUGAGCUUGUCCGGUCUGUUGGGGACUAGCACUACUGCCAGGUGCCUGCUCUUUACACAGCAGAAUUUGUAUGUGCCCUACAUUGUCUAGAAAGCAGCUGAUAAAUCUUGGUAGUAACUAAGCCCUGAAGUAAAAUAGCUUCUAGGUGUUCUUUGAUAGUGAUCUCUUAAGACAAAUCAAACACUAAUAAGCCAGAGUUAUAAAACCCUGAUUAUUUCUUUGAAUUACUAAAUUAAAUGUGCUUAUAAAGACCCAAGUUGCGUAGCAAUAAAUCAGUGGUGACGAGA